ACCGUGUCACAUAAUCUAAACCCGAGCGGAGCCGAUGGCUGUAGAACAACAAGAAACAAAACAAACACAACAAAACAGAGACAUGAACCCUACAAUAACCAAACCGGACCACCAGGACUCACCACCGUCCACGACGGCGCCGGCGUGGGGCACGUGGGAGGAGCUCCUCUUAGCCUACGCCGUCAACCGCUACGGCACCAAAAACUGGACCUCCAUAUCCUACGAGUUACAAAAACGGAGCUCCGACCCGAUCCAUAUCACUCCUCUUCAUUGUGAACAGAAAUACGACGAACUCAAACGCCGGUUUAACGACGUCGUUUUGGAAGACGUCACCGACACAGGCGAAACCGCUGCUGUUCCGUGGCUUGAUGAAUUGAGAAACGUUCGAGUUCUGGAACUGCAACGAGAACUUCGGAAUUACGAUCUAUACAUCUCGUCCCUGCAAACGAAGGUGAAGCAAUUGACGGAAGAAAGUGAGAAAACCGGUGGAGAUUUAACGAAAAACUCCGAUUUAGGGCACAGAAACGUCGAGAUUGAAUCCGAUACGGCGAACACAACGCCUGAACCGGCGGUUUCCGGCGACUUUGAUACCGAACCCGAGAAUCAGUCGGUUAACGGAUCUAACGGAAACCUAGAAACCGGUGACAACAAGCCGGAAAGCGGAAACGGAGUGAAAACCGGCGGUGAGAAAAGUGAACCGGAAGGUGAAGAACCGGUGAGAAGUGAACCGGCGAAGAGUGAACCGAGGAGCGAGUCAAUGGGUGAGUCGAAAAGCGAGGGAAAGAACUCAGACGUGAGAAGCUCGGCUAGUAAGUUGAGGAAUGAGAGGGUGCCACGUGGAGAUUGUAAGGAGGAUGAUGAAUGUACAGAUAGUAUUCCGGUUCGAUCCUUGCCGUUGGUUGAUUUUUUGCACAAGGUUCAGAAGCUUGGCUCGGUUGUCUUUGAGCGGCGGCUCGAUCGUCAGGAAAAACUAAGGUACAAGAACUUAAUAAAGCAACACAUUGAUCACAACACGUUACAAACCAGACUCAAACAAGGAUAUUAUUCCGAUGGCAAUCAUAAAUUCUUCCGAGAUCUCCUCCUUCUUGUCAACAACACUCGCAUAUUCUUCCCCAAACAAUCCCCCGAAUCAAUCGCAGCCGUUGAUCUUCGACAACUUAUUCUAAACGAGAUGAUCAAGAUCACCAAUAAAAAACAAAAAACCUCAUCAAACAUGCCUCCUAGUCGAGCCGCUGACCCGCCUGAUUCGUUGCUUCUGAAGCCGAAGUUAGCUGGCCCGAUUGUGGUUUGUAGGAAACGAAGCUCGAUAACGGCUAAAGCUGCAGGAUCUUCUUCGGGAAAGAAAGAACAAACGGGUUCGAAGGAGAAGUUAAUCGAGGAAAACCCGGAGAAAAAAGGGAGUUCUAACGUUAACGAGAGUUCGGACAGUAAACCCGAAAAGAAAAAGAAGUUAACCGAAGCCGAGGAGAAGAAACAAGGUGCAGCCAAGUUUUUAAACCGUAUUAAACGGUCCAACGAGUCGUUGCUAAGCACAUCGAAGAGCGUGUCGGAACGUAGUGGUGGCGAAGGGAAGAAAGACCAAGCGGGUAAGAAGAGUUCGAGUGGACACCAAUUAAAAGAACAAGGUAGCCCUGCGAAGAGGAAUGUCGGUCGGCCACCAAAGAGGGCAGCGGCACCGCCUACGCUAGCGGCAGUGUCGGGCAAACGGAACCGGGAACCGGUGGAUUCCGAGACGUUGGGUUCGAAACAGACGAAGAAAAGAUCAAAGAGGUGAUUGUGUAGAAACGUAGGAUUUUAGUAUUAUUUGUUUUGAGGUAUGAUUUGAAAGUUAGUCUAACCUUUUGGUUUAUUUUUCAAAUUGUCUUACAUUUGACAUGUUGCUUGUUUUGGUAGUUGAUAUUUAAGAAAGUUAGCAACUUUUGUUUUUAAA